AUGGUUGAAUUACGUGCAGUAAUAACAGUAGCAGUGCUUACGGCACUUAUUCUUGCUGCUGUUGGUGAAACUAACAAACGUUUACAUGUUCGAGAUGACGAUCAAAAUAAUCCUCCAGAAUCUACAUCACUUGAGCGUGCUCAUUGGUGUCGUCACCGCAAUGGUACUUUUUUUGCUCUUGGUUAUACAUACAUGCAAUCAGUAUGUUCAAUGUGCCAAUGUACAUCAUCACGUAUUAUUCGUUGUUCAACAGUUCAAUGUAUGCCAGCAUAUUGUAUCGAUGAUACAAUGCCAAAUCGAAAACCAGGCCACUGUUGUGCACAAUGUGGAUAUGAAGCUCCAGGAAAUUCGUGUCUAUAUAAUGGCGUGCCUUUCCCACAUGGUUCCGUCAUAAAAUCUGUAGAAAAUAAAAUGCAAUGUUGGUGCCAAUGGGGUACAAUUGAAUGUCGUGAUUAUAUGGGUUCACUUUUUGAAAGCCUGAAUAUCCUUAGUGAUAAAGCAGCAAUUUAUAUCAUUGUUAUCGUAUUAUGUAUUGUUUUAUUUUUCGGUCUAUUAAUUUGUUGUUCUGGUACACUUUUCUAUUAUUAUUAUUAUCAACGUUAUCAACAAUCAAUGCAGCAAGAAUAUGACCAAUAUGUUAAUUCAUCUGGAUGGCAACCAAUGAGCGAAGAAGAUCAAAAUGUAACAGAUUUAAGUGCAGAAGAAAAACGUGCUGAAGCAGAAAAAUAUCAAGCUUCAAAUCCUGAUGAUUUUGUUCCUCCCCCAUAUGCUGCAUACCAUAAUUCAUUUAUUAUCGAAACAUAUCGCUCUAUUUCAAAUAAAGGAAUUUCACGUAAUAAACCAACAGUUAAUUUCUCUAUGAAAUCAUUAACAAUAAAACCGACAACUAAAUGUGGUCAAUGUGAAAAAGAUGAAGCUAACAUGAAAUGUCUCGAGUGUGUUGAAAAUUAUUGUGCUAAUUGUUUUACUCACUUUCAUCUUCGUGGUGCCUUACAACGCCAUCAUCGAAUUAUUUUAUCUGAAAAGCCAUUAUCAAUUUUUCAAAAGAAAAAACAAUUACUUAAUACCAGUAUUAAUCUUCGAGAAUUAUCUUAUCGACAAUCAAAGGAUGAUCUAAAUCGAACAUCAAUAAUGACAUUAAAUAUGCAGGAAUCAGAACAAUUAUGUAAUCAAAAAACAAAUUUUGCAUCAUGUCAACAAUCAUUUUUACAUUGGAGAGGUAGUAAUAUUCAUAAAUCAAAACAAGUUCGACAAAAACAUGAAUUAAUAUCAUCAAUCAAUGAAACAACAGGUGAUAAAAUAGACUAUUUUAAUAGAUUACCAAAUAUUAAAUUUAAUUCAUCAAAAAUAUAUCAACAUACUGAUAAAAAUAAUCAAAAAUUUGUCAGUCAACGAUUAAAAAAAUCAAAUAUAAUGAGAAACAUUCCACCGAAAAAAGGGGUGCUGGUUAAUAUAUAUUAUUCACUUUCUGAUCAUACAGAUUUAAAUGAACCCAAUAUUGGUCUUGAACCUUUCGAUGGCAAUUUAUUAGCAAUGCAAACAGCAGCAAGCAUACAAACAACAACUGUUGAAGAGAAUUCGAAUAAUGUUGAAAAGAUUGAAAAACAAGAACGACCUAUUACACAUAUAUCAACAAUAUCAAAGUCACGUUCAACUAGUUCAUCGAGAAAAAAAGACUUAAUACCAUCAAGACCUAAUUCAAUACCAUUAUUUCAACAAUCUCUGCGUUCCCUAUUAGAUACAAAAUCUAAUGAUGAACUUCAAGCAAUUGUUAAUUCACAAUUAAUACUAUCACGAUCAUCGUCAUCUACUCCGAAAAAACUCGAUCAAUCUCCAACAUUAUUGAAUCGGAAUUGUAUACCUGAGCAAAGUAUAUCAAAUAAUAAAGAUGUUCAAUCAACUGUAAUCGAUGAAAGUUCAAAUUCUCAAUCUGAUUUAGAUCUUGAUAAGUUAUUUGAUGAAUCAAAAAUUGAAUCCAUUAAUCGUUUAAAUCAUCAAUCUAGUAUUGAUUCUUCAAUCCAAUGUGAAAAAGAACAAUCUUCUACUCAUGUUUUUUGUGCGAAUUCUUUAAUAGCAACACCAUAUCGAAGUUCUCCAUUCAGUUUUACAAAUUCAAUAAACAACAUUAAUCGAAUUAACUCGUCAUCUUCAACAGAUAUGAAUGAUGAUGGUUUUUUUACGGAUGUUUUACCUCGACAAUCUAUUUCAUCAACUCGAAUUUUUCAAUGUUCAAAAUUAAAUGAAUGGAUAUAUGCAUCAGAAAAUCAAUCAAUUGAAGACAAUCAAACAAUAUCAGAAUCAAUUUCAAUCUGUAAAUCAUCUAUAGAAAGUUUAGUACGUACAUCUUCAAAAGAUUCCAUAAAACUUAUUGAAACAUAUGAUCGAUCAACAACUGAAUUUGAUAAUAAUAGUCGAUCAGGAUCAUCAUUAUCAUCAACUUCACUUCCUGUUUCAAUUACAUCAUCGAAAACAGAUUUUAUUAAUCGAAAAAUUGAAUCAUCAGCAACAUCAUCAAGAAGAAAUUCUUCAUCAUCAAUAUGGAAAAGUUCAUCUUCAUCAUUAAUAACAACGAAAACCUUGUCAUCACAAUCAGAAACAAGAACACCAAUCAUAGUUAAAAAUACUAAAGUAACAUCAUCAUGUAAUAAUAAUAAUGAGCCUCAACAAGACUCAAGUAAUACAUUAAAAGAGAAAAGUUUAUCGAAUGUACAUACACAACAAAGUUCGAAUGAUUUAUUAAAACUAAAUUUAAUAACAAACUCUACUGAAGAUGAAAAUAUCACGUCCAAUGAUUUACCGAUUAAAGAAACAACUCAUCGUCAAACGACAACUAGUAAUAAAUCAUCAAGAUUUCGAAAACUUGAAUUUUCAAUGGAAGAUGGUCUUAAAUGGCACGAAAUUUCAACUGAAUCAUUUUCUUCUAAUCAAUCAUCACAAAUUACAAAUUUUCGAUUAUUAACAUCAUCAAAAUCAAUAAAUACAAAAUUUUUUCAACAUUUACAUCAAAAUAUUAAUGAUGAUGAAGAAUGUUUAAAUCAAGUUCAUCAAGAACAUUGUUCAGCAUUGAAUAUGAAAAAUUCCAAUGAAGAUGCUAUUAUGAAUGAACAUUUAUUACAAAAUCUUGAAGAUAUACAACUACCAUCAAACGUAAAAGAUCUAUCGAUAAUUUACACCAAAUCAAAAUAA